UAUUUUAUCUGUGAAUUGCGUUUUUGGUGACAAGUGAAAUCGGUGAAAUCAUUUUGAUAAAUACUUGAUUAAUUUCCGAAGAUGUCUUUCUUUGGUGUAGGAAAUCCUUUUUCUACGCCGGUGGGUCAGAAAAUAGAACAAGCUACAGAUGGAUCGUUACCGUCGGAAAACUGGGCUCUUAAUAUGGAAAUAUGUGAUAUUGUGAACAGCAGCACAGACGGGCCCAAGGAUGCCAUAAAGGCUAUAAGAAAGAGGUUGACUCAAAGUGCUGGGAAGAACUACACAGUUGUCAUGUACACCCUCACUGUUCUGGAAACCUGUGUUAAAAACUGUGGAAAGUCUUUUCAUGUAUUGGCUUGCAACAAGGAGUUUAUAUCUGAAUUGGUAAAACUUAUUGGACCCAAAAAUGAUCCUCCAACAGUGGUGCAAGAAAAAGUCCUCAGCCUCAUCCAGUGCUGGGCUGAUGCCUUCCAAAACCAGCCAGAUUUACAGGGUGUCGUUCAGAUCUACACGGAGCUGCGAACUAAAGGUGUCGAAUUCCCCAUGACUGACUUGGAUGCCAUGGCGCCCAUAUUCACACCGCAAAGGAGCGUUCCUGACAGUGGAGAGCCCAUCAUUGGCUCGCCUCAACGAUCAGCUAUGCCGCAAAACUCGCCCAGUCGCCCUACUCAAGAACAGAUCUCUGCAACUGUAACGCUAUCCGAGAGUCAGACGAACAAGCUCCGUGCUGACCUGGCCGUGGUGGACGGCAACAUGAACGUGAUGAACGACAUGCUCAACGAGCUCACCACGCAGCCCCACACCGCCCACCAUGACACUGACAUCGAGCUGCUUAAUGAGUUAGCCGACACACUCCGCGCUAUGCAGACCCGCGUGGCGGAGUUAAUCGGCCGCCUGGCUGGCGAGUCUCCUCUCACUGCCGAACUGCUGCAUGCUAAUGAUCGCCUCAACAACUUGCUGCUGAGACAUGGAAGAUUUGUUAAUAACAGGAAUGCUGCAACCGGUGGCGCUACUCCAUCAGCCAUCCUGGGCGCUGCCAUGGGAGUUCCCGGCUCUAACGCUCCCGCAUCACCAAAGAAAGCUGACGACGAUGCCCUGAUUGAUCUCAGCGACGAUGUACCUGAUAUUGCUAAACUGACCGUAAAGGAUGCUCAGCUAGACAAGUCCCCGGGCAGCUCUAAGGACGAGUUCGACAUGUUCGCGCAGUCGCGUAACCUUACCUACGAGAACUCUAAGACUGGUGGCAGCAGUUACGCAGAUAACUUAGAGGAGCAGACAUCCACUGGAUUGGCUUCGGCCGCCAGCCAGAGGGCCACACAAGGACAGCCAUUGCCGUCUGGCAUGGAUCAGCGCGAGAUCGAUGAAAUAGCCGCUUGGUUAGAACAGGAGAAGGCUGCCUCAGAAGCGACCGGUGGUCAAGAGAGCGUAACAAGCAGUGACUUCGACAAGUUCCUCGCGGAGCGCGCCGCCGCCGCCGACACCCUGCCCCCCGCGCCCCCCGCCCCCGCCGCCACCCCCGCGCCGCCCCUGCCCGCCGCACUCACCCCGCGACACCGACAGAUCAAUAAGGAGGAGCAGGACUCUAUGUUCGCGCUCUGAUUGCUUGUAUAGUCAGGUGUGUCAACACAUUUCGUUUUAUUGAAGGUUUGAGUGAAGUUGCAGUGUAGUAAGUUUGGUUAUGGCUUAAUGUGUGGUAGAAGGUUAUAGGAGGUAUGGGAUUAAAAGAAAUAAUAUACUAAUUUGAUAUUGAAAUAUUUAUUCUAUACUUUAAAUGGUACUUGGAAGCAAUACGUCCGUCUAACAAGAUCCCGUGACGCAGUGUGUGUAGAGUUAAAUAAACAGUAGAUUGUUCAGAUAGAACAAAGAACAAUGUUAUCGAAAGUUAGGGGUAUUAGUUUUUGCUUUAUAUAAUCCAACACGCCCCCUCAAAAAUUAAUCCCUAACUUUUAGUCAUUCGUUAGUUUACUAUACAGUAUCUAGUCUACAAUUCAACAUUACAAAGUGAAUACCAACUUAUAAAUACGACGUAACAUAUUAUACUUCCAAGUAAGGUCUGGGACAACUGUACAAUAAUGGUCCAACAUUUGCUGCACAGGAUCAGGAAAACCAGAAAAACCUGAUCAGACCAUUUCAUAAUGAAAUUGUACUUAAAUUAAAACUUAUUCUAUACCCAAUCCUUUUCUCAGUCUUAUAAAAGACACGACUGGUAAAGGUUUUGUCAACAAGUCUGCCAACUGGUUACCUGUGGAAAUAUAAUUUAAUUUUAUUACAUUUUUCUCAACUUGUUCUCUAGAGAAAUGAUAUUUUAUAUCUAUGUGUUUGGACCUUUUAUGACUUGUUGGAUUAUUAGCUAUGCUAAUACAUCCGUUAUUAUCUUCAUAUAAAAUAAUGGGCUUAUUAAUUUUAAGUUUAUGCUUUCUGCCAGAGACUUAAGCCAUAAUGCUUCUUUAACAGCUUCAUAUAAAGCCAUAUAUUCGGAUUCAGUAGACGAGACCGCUACUGAUGUUUGUCUCUUUGUACACCAUGUAAUUGUAUUUUGAUCAAAUAAUUUAAACACAUAUCCAGUAGUGCUUUUCCUAUCAUUACAAUCGUGGCCACCCCAAUCUGAGUCGACAUAUCCACUUAGGAUGUUAUUGUAAUUAUUUCUUGUAUAUGUUAACUUCAAAUCAAUUGUGCCUUUGAUAUAUCUUAAAACUCGCUUUAAGCAUAACCACAAUUCUUUAUUGUUCUUAUUUGUGUACCGACUUAAAAUAUUUACGCAUGUACUUAAGUCCGGACGCGUACAAAGCAUAAUGUACAUUAAACAACCGAUCAGGUGACGGCAUGGUGCGUCACACUUCUUAUCAGCGUUAAGAGCUUCAUAGUUUAAUUUAAGCUCCAUCGGUGUGUUUAUAGGAUUGCAAUCACUCAUAUUAAAUUUAUUCAAAACGGUUUUAAUGUAAGCACUUUGGUCUAAAGUAAUUUUAUCAUGGUGUCUCUCUAUUUUAAUGCCCAAAAAUAAUUUGAUAUCGUGUAAGUCGGUCAUUUCGAAUUUAGUCAUUAAAUAUGCUUUGAAAUUAUUCAUUGUUUGCAAAUCUGCACAUGCUAUAACUAAAUCAUCGACGUACAAGAUUACGUAAAUAUUUUUAGAAAUGUCUCCUUUACCUUUCAUAUAUAUACACCUAUCUACUGGGGAGUUCUGAAAACCUAUUUCUUUGAGACAUUGUUCAAAUGUUUCGUACCAACAUCUAGCUGAUUGUUUUAAGCCAUAAAGAGCUUUGUUUAAUUUGCAUACGUAAUUAUCUUUACAUUUUACACCUUCAGGAACUUUCAUGUAGAUUUCUUCCUUUAGUGUACCAUUUAGAAAUGCUGUUUUACAUCCAUAUGAUGAAUCAGUAAAUUAUAUUGAUUUGCGUAGCUAAUUAAGAAUCUAAAGCUUGCUAUUCUAGCAACUGGUGCAAAUGUUUCAUUAUAAUCACUAAGAUAUUCUUGACUGAAACCUCUAGCGACAAGACGUGCCUUAUAUCUUGAAGGUUGACCUGAAACGUCAUUUUUAAUAGUGAAUAUCCAUUUACAGUCUACAAUAUUUUUAUUUAAUGGUUUUGGUACUAAUGUCCAUGUAUUAUUUUUCUUAAGAGAAUUGAGUUCUUCUCUGACUGCUUUUCCCACUGAUUCCUAUCGUUCAGAGAUUUAAUUUCAUUUAAUGAUUUUGGUAUAUUACUUGUGAUGGAUAACGCACUAUAGACAUCAUAGUCAUUUUCAUUAUAUGAUUUACGCGAACAUGUUUUCAGUCUUUCACUUCUUCGUAAAUUUAAAAAUUCAUCAGGUUUAUCCUGAUUUUUGUGUUUCAAACUACUCUCAGAUUCAUUUUCAGGUUCAUUCGGUAUUUCAUGACUACCGAUUUUUCGAAUUUUACUUGUACUGCAUUCAUCAGAUUGAGAGCUAUCUGAUUUAGGGCCAGAACUAUGAGACUUAUAAGACACUGAUUUUGUUACGGAGUCAUUAUCAGUUUCGUCUUGGGAAUAUGUAUUAUUACUCCGUUCAGGUCGUAAUGAAGGCCUAGAUUCGAUAAAAUUAGUCUCAUCAAUUACAACGUCCCUUACAGUUUCAUAUUUUUCGAAUUCUGUAUUCCAAACUUUAUAACCAUUGGGUUCAUAACCUACCAGUAUUCCUUUCCACGACCUAUUGUCAAAUUUGUUUUACUGGUUUUAUUAUGAACAUAUACAGUUGAACCGAAAACUCUGAGAUUUUUAACGCUUGGUUUCCUAUCAUGCCACAUCUCGUAUGGUGUCUUUGAUUGACUUAAAGCUUUCGUAGGCGUAAUAUUUAUUAAAUAAACUGCAGUUAAAACUGCAUUUCCCCAAAACGUUUUGAUGCUUUAGUGCCAUUUAACAUAGCACGAGCUUUUUCUGUUAUUGUGCGAACCAUACGUUCUGCAACACCAUUUAACUGUGGGGUCCUAGGAACUGUUAAAUGAUAGCUUAUGCCUCUUUCUCUACAGUAGUUUUUCAUUUCGGUGGAUAAGUAUUCACCACCGUUAUCACUAUAAAGAUUUACUACUUUGAAAUUGAAUUUAGCCUCACUUUUAGCGACAUAGUCUUUAAAAGCUGUAAACACUUCUGAUUUGUAAGUUAACAUAUACACCACACAAUAAUGUGUGUAUUCAUCAACAAAUAAAACAAAAUAAUUUCUGUUAUCUAUUGUUGGAGGUGUUAUAGGACCACAAACAUCUGAAUGCACAAUAAACAGAGGGCGUUUAAUGUAACUUUUGUCUUUAACUUUAUUAAAAGGCAGGCGAGUCUGCUUCCCAUUUAUGCAUGCUUCACACAACUUAUCAUUUGGAGUUACGGUAUUUAUUUCAUCUAAGUCAUCAAUCAUAUUAUGACAUUUUAACUGCAGGAAUUUAGUUUUACUUAUAUGUCCUAGGCGUUGAUGCCAUAAUUCAUAUUUAUUUUCAUUAACAUAACAUGCUUGGGAAGCGGAUUCCCUUUUAUUACUGGUAUUUUAAACUCUAGAACUAUAAGAUUAUUCAAUGUCUUACCUUUCAUGAUGAUUUUACCUUCCUUUGUAAUUUGUGUGCCUUUGUCAUCAAAUAUUAUGGUGAAUCCUGCUUGCUGCAUCUUUGAUACCGAUAUUAAAUUAUAUGGUACUUCGGCACAGAACAAUACAUUUGUAAGUAUUCCUUGCACUCCUGUUUGACUGAUAAGAUUUAUGUUUCCCCUUUUAGUUGCUGAAAUAAAUGUAUUGUUUUAGCUACUGAAAUUUUUAAAGGAGGAUUUAAACAUUCAAACGAUGUGAAGAGAUCAUCUCUAUUUGUGAUGUGAUCAGACGCUCCUGAAUCUAAUAGGAAUUUAAUUGUCGAGUGGUCUUUUUCAUAAUGGUAUGCGCUUGUCAUGAACGCAAAUCCUGAAAAGAAGAAUUCGAGGUCGUUCCCUCUUGCAGGGCAAUAGUUUGGACUUGUCUUGUCCUUUCUGGGGCAUUGUUUUGUAUAUUUGUCUGUCUUUUGAAAUAGAAACAAUCCUGUUUCUUGUGUCCUUUGCGUCCACAGUAAUGACAUUUCACAAAUUUUUGUUUGUUUGUUUUCUUGAAUGUUGUAUUCUUCAAAUAGUUUUGUUUUGUGCGAUUGUAUCUGUUUUUAUUAUAUUUUUCUUCAACAUGGAGUAUCUUUAAACUGGUAUCACGACUCUCGUUUUUUAAUUUUACUUCGUGAUCUAAUAGUCUAGUUUUUACAAAACCGAGAGUGAUAUUUUCUUCAGAUAGUGUCUCAAUUGCAGUGAUAACGCCAUCAUAUGUAUUCGGGAGAGUAAGUAAUAAAUGAGCUACUUUGUCCGUUUCCUCUAAUUUAGCUCCAGCAGCUGAUAAUUCUGUCAGCAGAUCGUCAAAUGUUGAGAAGUGUUUGAUCAAGGGUAUAUCGGCUUUUAAUUUUAAUCCCAAUAAUUGUUUUCUCAGCGCUAAUUGAGUUGCUACACUUUUCCUUUCAUAGAUCGCGUCAAAAUGUUUAAAAACUGCUUGAGCAGUCCCAUUUUCAUUAAUAUAAUUAAGAUAUGAGUCCGCCAAAUAUUCGACUAUAAUACUUUUGGCUGCCUUAUUAUUCUUUUCCCACUCAGCGGAUCGCGUUCCAGGAAUUUCUUCGUCAAUAACACUGAGCAAGUUUAACUCUGAAAGCAGUGUACGAAUUCUAAAUUUCCAUACACUGUACUUUUCUCCAUUAAAAGGCUUAAUGUUUCUUUUCACUUUUUCCAUUGUCACAACUUUAUUUUUAUUUACAACUAUGCACUUUACUGUCACUACGCACUACUGAAUGUUCUCACUACUAAAUGUCCUUUUUCGCACUGGGCCCAUAACCUAUAGGAGGUAUGGGAUUAAAAGAAAUAAUAUACUAAUUUGAUAUUGAAAUAUUUAUUCUAUACUUUAAAUGGUACUUGGAAGCAAUACGUCCGUCUAACAAGAUCCCGUGACGCAGUGUGUGUAGAGUUAAAUAAACAGUAGAUUGUUCAGAUAGAACAAAGAACAAUGUUAUCGAAAGUUAGGGGUAUUAGUUUUUGCUUUAUAUAAUCCAACAAAGGUAUCUUUGAUUAAAGAAAAAACUAAACAUUUAUUUACACAGGAAAAUGUAAAGAAUUCACUCAGUACUGUAAGGUCACUCUCGACAAUGGCAACCUUCAGCCAUUAAAAUUAAAUUAAUUUCACCUGGCAACACCAAAUUGUUUAAUUUAUAAAUGUCCGUUUAAAAAAAUAUUUUGUUAUAAACACUUUUAGCGGUAAUCAUACUUACUGCAUUUAUGCAAGUUCACUCUAAUCUUACUCAAUCAACUAACUAUUUUAGCCGUCACUAUCAAAAAUAGAAUCCCUAAAUAAGGAUUGUUUUGUUAAACAUCAUACAAAUGAAUAAACCAUGUAACUCAAACAUUCUAAAGGUGCAAAACACACGUUGCGCAAAAUAUAUGGUACUAUUAACGAUGACAAUUGCACUACUCAUAUACAACUAACGCCAAGUAUACAAUGUAUUAAAUAUGUGCAUUCUGUAUACAUUUCAUAAAUCCAAUGAAGUGUAAUUAAUAUUAUUGUGAAAUGAAGUAACAGCACUUUAGAAGAUCAUAGGGCGCAAAUUUUCCUAUGUUUUAACACCAUAAGUGUGACGAUAAUUGGCUUAGAGAACGCGCCUGCCAGCCGCCGUACGUAGAGCCAUUAGAGUUGUUUUUGCAUCGAAUCGUAUUUAUACAUAACUUAUACACCGCGAUUAGUUCUCGUUAUAACAAUAAUUCACAUGUAUUCGAUAUGCCGUUUGGUGCCUGGCUUUUAUAGUUGUAAUUGAAAUAUUUUAAGCUGACUAAUCGAUUUUCAUCAACUAAUUUUAAAAGUUACGAAAUUAAAAAGUUUUUAAACAUAUUUGUUAAUAUUCGGUCGAGAUUACUAACUUGUAGGGAUAAGAUUUGAAUUGUUCAACUUAAAAUAUAUCAAUAUAAAUAAUGUAUCAGCGUGGUAAACAAUAAGUACAUAACUACGGCUGCAUCAUUGACUAUGUAUUACACUAGGAUAAGUUUACAUUAGGUAGAAUUCUUUAAUAUAUAACUUAUGUAGACUUCACUAGACCACGGGAGCAUUUAAUACAAGACCACUGGCGUUCCAAAUUUAUUAAUUACGGCUAUGUAAUUAUUUAUUACGAGUUUAUAGUAUUGAAGUAUUGGAGAGUGAUCGUCGAAGGGUCGAGAUUGUGAUAUAUAAUAUUGUUUUAUAUAUAGUAUAUCGUGGUACUUUUAUUUGCUAGAUUUAGUGAUUACUAAGAGUUAUCAAGAAGGAUGUAUUUGUAUAUUAAUUUAGUACCUGUUCGUACUGCAUUUUCUUUUGUUUUUUGUUGAUUAUUGAAAUUAUAAGGAGUAGAAGAUAAAAAGGAUUUAAUGAAAUCGAUUAUUUUAUUGUAUAACGAUUCUACAAUCGAGUGAAGAAUGGAUCCCGCUCGGAGUGAAAUCAGUCGACGUGUUUUAAUAACUCUUAUCUAUGUCUAUAAUCAUGUAUGAACUUGAAUGUAUUUGAUAUUUAUUAUCUAAUUUCGCGAACUUUAUUUAAUGUCAAGGUCUAUAUGAUAUAGCUGAGUCCUUACCUACACAGUUACUAGACCAUUUUGCGAUGAAAUUCGUAUCUAUAUGAUAUAAAAAUGAUUCAUAUUUAGUUCUCAAGUUCAGGCAUUAUUAUUUCCCACAUUGUUAGUUAUGUUUAAUUCGUAAUGGAUCUGUAUAAAGCGUAGAAUAAUAAUAUUCAUCAUAAUGAACAAAAGUUACCCCUACAUGUAACCGACUGUACCAAAGUGCUACCCGUUCACUAACAAUGUAACAUGCCAUUCCACAUUUGUCUCAAUUAAAUGUUCUUUUGGUGUUAAUGUGAUAAUUUAAAAGAACAAGCUUAAUGUUAAUUAUUUAAAAGAGUUAUUUUAUGUUGUAAUCGUUGUAUUUAAGAUAAUAAAAUAAUUACCAUACAAA